AUGGGAACCCUCGGAAGAGCCAUAUACAGCGUUGGAUUUUGGAUUCGAGAAACUGGACAAGCCAUUGAUCGCCUCGGUUCCCGCCUCCAGGGCAAUUACUACUUCCAAGAACAGCUGUCUAGGCAUCGAACUCUGAUGAACGUAUUUGAUAACGCUCCUGUUGUUGAUAAAGAUGCAUUUAUUGCCCCAAGUGCCUCCGUAAUCGGUGAUGUUCACAUUGGCAGAGGAUCAUCUAUUUGGUAUGGAUGUGUCAUGAGAGGUGACACGAACAACAUUAGUGUUGGAAGCGGAACCAACAUUCAGGAUAACUCCUUGGUGCACGUUGCGAAGUCAAAUUUAAAUGGGAAGGUGUUGCCUACUAUCAUUGGGGACAAUGUUACUGUAGGUCAUAGUUCGGUUUUACAUGGUUGCACUGUUGAGGAUGAGGCUUUUGUUGGUAUGGGUGCAACACUACUUGAUGGUGUUGUUGUUGAGAAACAUGCCAUGGUUGCUGCUGGUGCCCUUGUGAAACAGAAUUCACGGAUUCCAUCAGGAGAGGUUUGGGCAGGGAAUCCAGCAAAAUUCCUGAGGAAGGUCACUGCUGAAGAGAUAUCAUUUAUCUCCCAGUCAGCUAUCAAUUACAGUAACCUUGCACAGGUCCAUGCAGCUGAAAAUGCCAAGCCUUUUGAUGAAAUUGAGUUUGAGAAGACUCUCCGAAAGAAGUUUGCCCGGAAAGACGAAGAGUAUGACUCAAUGCUGGGCGUUGUUCGCGAAGUCCCACCCGAGCUCAUUCUUCCGGAUAAUGUCCUACCUGGUAAACAAGCAAAGGUUUCGACACAAUGA